UCUGCCAACAGGCGUCACUGUCUGACUCUUGCUUCUGCGCGUUAUUGUUCGCGCACGCGCACGCGCCUGCGAGGAGAAACCGUCAUGGCGGCGGCGGCAGAGAAACCGACGAAAGACAAGCUUUUAUCCACUCUGGAUGAUAUUGAAGUUUUAUCCAGAGAGCUGAUAGAGAUGCUGGCGCUGUCCAGGACACAGAAACUGCCCCAGCCUGGAGAGGACACAGAUAUACUGGAGCUGUUAGUGCAGAGAGACAGAGAGUUCCAGGAGCUCAUGCAGACGGCGCUGGAGCAGGGCAGAGUGCAGCAGGAGAUGCAGGCUCUGGAGAAGGAAGUGGAGAAGAGAGACAGCGAUAUCCAGCAGCUCCAGAAACAACUCAAAGAGGCCGAGCAUAUACUGGCCACUGCUGUCUACCAAGCCAAAGAAAAGCUGAAGUCUAUUGAAAACGCCAGAAAAGGGAGUAUCUCUUCAGAGGAGAUCAUCAAGUAUGCUCACAGGAUCAGUGCCAGUAACGCAGUGUGUGCUCCUCUCAACUGGGUUCCAGGUGACCCCCGCAGGCCGUACCCCACUGAUCUGGAGAUGCGCAGUGGAAUACUGGGUAACAUGAGCAACAUGCCCACCAACGGAGUGAACGGGCACCUGCCAGGAGAUGCAUUGGCUGCUGGGAGAUUACCAGAUAUUCUAACCCCACAAUAUCCUUGGCAGUCCGCUGAUGUUUCCAUGGGGAUUCUGCCUCCUCACCAUGGCAACGAUUUUGGCCUGGAGCCACCUGGUCAUAACAAGGAAAAUGAAGAUGAUGUUGAGGCCAUGUCAACAGAUUCCUCCAGCAGCAGCAGUGACUCAGACUGAGAGUGUGUGUGUGUGUGUGUGUGUGUGUCCACAGUGAAAAAAAAGUGUGUUGUCUGCAUCUAGUUUCUGUGAUUGUGGAGAUCCGGAUGGCAACAGAUACUGCUUUCAGGAGGACUAAACCUACAUAGGUCCUCUUUUCAGCAAAGCCUCAUUUGCUUGUUUUUUUUUUUUUUCCAUUCUCCAGAUGCCUUGCAGUCAUCAUUUGUUUGUAUAAUUUUAUCCCACCGGCCUCAAAAUGUGGCCAGUGUGUCAUUUUCAUUGUGUGCAGAGUGACAGGCUCAUUUGCAUUUAUUUGUAAUCUAGUGAAGCAUUACUGGUUUACAGUUGGAAUAUAAAUAGUAAUGUAAAUACCUCUUUCAGGUUCUGUAAAUAUAUAAAACUUUUUAUAAAAAAACUUUAUUAUUGUUUUGUUAAUUUUACAUUGUCUGGUUUGUGUAUACAGAAGGGCUGUGUAGUUUUUAAAUGGUUUGUUUCCCCUCUGGAGCUGAGGUAAGGUAGUAAAGGAAUAGGUCUGAUUUAAAUGACCCCUCGGGUUCAGUUUUCCAAUAUAUACACCAUGACCUCUAAAAAUGCUUGCACAGAUCCUACUCUGCAUGAUCAUUUCUCAUAGACUGUCGACUUCAAUAUAUUACAGUGCUUGCAAGACAAAACAGUUUUGAUAUUGCUGUAACAUUCUGUUUAAACCUGAUAAUAAAUCAAUACAAAAUUCUCAAGAA